AUGUCCAAGUCCCCAACAGCAGCAGCCAACUCAUUCCAGCAGAGCUGCAUCAGCAUGACCCUGGAGAAUGCUGACCUCUGGAAGUCUUUUCACAGUAUUGGAACUGAGAUGAUCAUUACAAAGCACGGAAGGAGGAUGUUUCCACAUUGCAGUGUCAGUGUAACUGGGCUCCAGCCUUUUGCUAACUAUGUCAUCAUGAUGGACCUGGUACCUGUAGACGGCUACAAGUACAAGUGGAAAAAGGAGCAGUGGGAGGUCGCAGGGAAGGCUGAACCCCAGCCCCCCCGUCGGACAUACAUGCACCCAGACUCCCCAGCCCCAGGAAGUCACUGGAUGAAGCAAUCCCUGUCUUUUCUCAAGAUGAAGCUCACUAACAACACCCUGGACCAGCAUGGCCAUAUCAUCGUGCACUCCAUGCAUCGCUACUACCCCAGGUUUCAAGUCAUCCAGGCAGACAGUCCUUGUACUAUCCGCUGGGGGCCCUUCCAGGCUUUCUCUUUUCCAGAGACAACAUUCACUGCAGUGACUGCUUAUCAAAACCCAAAGAUUACCAAACUGAAGAUUGACCAUAACCCAUUCGCCAAAGGAUUCAGAGAGGGAGGUAUCGUACGAAUGGUAAUGCCACUGGUAGUCCUCCUGCAAAGAGAGCUGCACUUGAACAACCCAAACCCAAAAAAACACAAGGCCUGCAGAGGAUGCCCUCCACCUCUGAGUCAGCAGAUGCACAGAGGAACCAGGCCUCCACUGUGCAGGCACUGA